CAAAAUGAUUAAGUGACGUCCCUGAUCUCUCAAAGUGUAAAAGCUUUACUUUCAGUUUCACGUCGUCGGGCGACUUGAUGGAUUGUCUGUAAUUUGCUUUCGCAUUUCAAGUGUCAGUGUUUGUUCAAGAACUCAAGAAAUUUACCAUUAAAAGUGUCCAAAGAUUUAAAUUUUCAAAAAUUACCGAAUGCACUGUUGGAAAUACAAUAAUUUCUAGUAUGGAAUCAUUUGCGAAGAUACCUCUUGGACAAACUACUUUAAAAUUGAUAGAUCGUGUUUUAUGGGUGGUUGAAAAAUCAGUCCAAUGGAGCCUUCCCGUUCAAGAAGCUUCGUCAGAUGAAAAUGGAAAAACAUUCGGUGAAGUCGAACUUGUGAGGCCGCUUCCAUGGAUCCUCUUUUUACCUGGACUAAUUUUAUUACGAGCAGUAAGGAUUGCACUUAACGUAGGUGCUUUUGUCUGUGGAUAUCCACUAAUUCAGCCCAGUGGAAUAGUAAAAUACGUUCAAAAGCGCAGAAGGCAGCUGAGGACAAUAAAAAAUAAUGGUUUGAAGAGUAUGCGUAUCCAAAAAGAGAUAACAGAUCAGGACAAGGUGGUGGCAAAGAACGAUGCCAGGAAGAGUCUAAUAAAGUCGAUCCAGUUGACACUGUCCACUCUCUCAUGUCUCGAUGGCUACAGGAAUUCACCAUCGCCGCCUCCGACAAGAAUCCAGGUUUCCAACAAUUUCGAUCUAGUGCCAGUAUCAAUUGAAGAGAAUUCAACAAUUGAAUCGACCAACAGUCCUAAUCGUUCUGAUUCGAAACGUAAAUUUUUUGAGGUUGAGGCUGCUUCGACUGAUGAUGACGAUGAUGGUAGUGAAUCCGAGGAUGAAACUCUCACAUCUCAAAUUGAACGUUUAGCUCUUGAAAAAAGCAUUGAUGAUCCAGAUUUCAAUCCCGAUGCAUUAUCGUUGAGUGAUGCAACAGACGCAAGUUUCGAGGAUGAAGUUUCUAUAACAGAAGCAAAAGAACUUAUGGCGGAUGCAAAAAAAGACUUGAAACUAAUUCAACUACAAAAUUCUGAACAAUCAGAACAAAAGGAGAAACCAAUUUCUGAUGAGAAAUCAAAAGUGAUCGUAACGCCCGAAAACUCAGGCAACAAUCAUGGGGUUGAAGCCCUCGAUGGACAAGAAAAUUAUUAUUCGCCGGUCAAUUUUGGAACAGAUGGGGAAUUGGCCUUUUAUUCUCCAAUCAGCUCGAAAAGCGUUUCACCAGAACGAUCAAAUUCCCCCAUUAAACAAAUCCCAAUCAAAGGAAGUAACGCAAAAUCCAGUGACAUAGGAAAUGGUGCUCUGAAAACAAAUGAAGAACUUAUAUUCCCAGAAAACGACAUUUCCAGGGUUUCAAAAAAAGACACUACAAAUGGUCACAUUGAGGGAAAAAAAUCGACGCACAGUGGAAAAUUCAACCACAAACAUAGACGUUUCAGUCAUGGAAAUCGUAAAAAAAAGUAAUUAAAAAUUAAAAGUUUUUAUUCUCUUUGUCGAUGUGAAAAUCCGCGAGAGUUAAUGAAAUGUAAAAUUUAUUGAAAAUUUCAAUUACAUCGUUUUGAGUACAAUAUACACACACACAUAUAUAUAUAUGUAUAUAUAAAUGAACAAAACAUUGUGAGAAAUUUUCGAAAAAUUCUUUAUAAAAAUUUGACUACGUUUUUGUCAAAGUUUUCUAUUUAAAUAUAUAUCAUGUGUUUUUUUCGAAAAAAUCUCGUUAAUCGAACUUUAAGUUCAUUCAUCAUACACAAAGUGUAUGCACAUAUAUAUACAUAUAUAUAUAUAUAUACAGGGUGUUCCAAAAGUAUGGAAACUUGCAAAUAUCUCGAAAAGUACGCAUUUUCGUAAAAAAUAUCCAAAACAAAAGUUGUUCCCAAAAAAAGAUCUACAUUUUUUUUGAACCCAAAAAAUUGGUCCCGGGACCCAACAGUGAAAAAAGAAGUAUCACGAAAAUGCGUACUUUUCGAGAUAUUUGCAAGUUUCCAUACUUUUGGAACACCCUGUAUAUAUACAUAUUAAAGUUAAGGUAUCUUAUUAUAAAUUAUCGACUAUAAAUUAAACAAAUAAUUCGCCACAUUUAUUUGAAAACAUCGAAAAACAAUUGUCAUUUUCAAUACAUCGAAUUAUCGCCAUAUUUUUAGCAUUUUUCAUCAAUAUUCUAAUAUUAUAUACACGGUUGAUUAAUAUGAAGCUCAACAAAAACUUUAUUGAGACUUUUUCUCAUAUUAAAGAGAUGAAUUUUUGUGAAUAAUUUGUAAAUGAAUUUAUUAUAUAUAUAUAUACUUAAAGUCCAUCUGAAAAAACAAGAGCUUUUCACUGUUAGUGUGUAAUGAAUAUUUGUGUUAUUAUAUAUUCUUAAGUUAUUUAAUCUUGUGAUCGGAAUCAUGUCAUUAAUUCAGUGAUUGUUAUAUAGGAUCCUAAAUGUAUGUACCUAUGAAAUACUCUAUAAAAAAUUGUUUAGGGAUUAUUA